UCAAAGCAAUGGUAUGUAUCAAGAAUCAGCGGGACAGAUUUAGCCACCUGUGGGACUGAAGAGGCUCACCCAUGCAAGAAAAUAUAUCAAGCUACUGCACGGGCGCGUGGCCGUGACGUCAUUAACAUAGACGGCCGAGGCUCGUCACGUGACCCGUAUUCUUGCGAAUUCAACCCAGAAUUACUUUUGGCGGCGGUUUCGAUUCGCAGUUACAGAACUCAAGCUUUUGUCUCUUGUAAAGUCAGCAGUUUUCGAUUUUCAUGCAACAACAGGAAUAACUCCUUUUCCAGUGUAUCGCUGGAGAGAAUUACCUUCAUGAACACUUCACUGUACCUUUCAGAUUGUUCACUAAAGUUGACCGAGGUCUAUUUUGUCAACAGUUCAAUUGAUGUUUUGUCUCUCGAUUUUCCGCAAGGAUCGACAGGAAAAAUUGAAUUAUCUGGAUGUUCUUUCUACAACAACAGUGGCACUGGUCUGAGGAUCCGCGGUGAUUCAAUAAAAUUAAUUAUUGGCAAUUCGUCUUUCAGUAACAGUGAGAUGCGUGAGGGCGAUUCAGAGAGAGCGCUGAUGGUUAUAUUAACAAAAAGCUCGGGUGGUCAAAUAAGUAUUAACGCCACCAACGUCACCCUUUCACAUAACAGCUGUUCUGGAAAAGCCUGCAUGAAAAUUGGAUCUGGAAUCAACGGAAUUUCAAACAUCAAAAUGGAUAAAGGAAAAAUCGAAAACAACAAAGCAUCCGAAAGUGUUGUCGACAUUAAUGGUACUUCAGUUGUAGAGUUUUCGGCGAUGCAAUUUAGACAAAAUAACGGCAGAGCUGUUAGCAUACGUGAUGGUGACUCAGUGAAACUAAACAUUACGAACGGAAACUUUACUGAUAACGAGAUACAUGAUUUUCACAAACCAUGCGAUGGAGGAGCAGUGCUGAUCAGCAGAUUCACACAGGAGGCCCUCGUCUUCAUGUCGAGUUCAAGCUUCACCUCGAACACGGCGAACAACGGUGGCGCAUGUGCGUUCAGCGACCUUUGGUUGCUCACAUUGGAUAUUGAUAACUGCGACUUUGUUCGAAACGAAGGUUGGGGGUCCGGAGGGGCGCUGGCUGUGGGUAAUAAUUAUACCAACUGGCAAGAGAAGGCCAUUAUUAAUAUUCGAAAUUCAAACUUUGAUAGAAAUACACUUUAUUACAGAUUAUACAAGCGGAGCAAUUCGAUCUACUACACAGAUUUUGGGGGAGGCGGUGCAGUGGCAUUUUAUAUAUUAAAAAUGUUGAAUCUUACAUUUACAAACAACACUUUUACCGACAACAAAGCAGAAGAAAAGAAUGCUGGAGCUUUCAGGGCUAAUAUAGGCACGAUUUACCAAGACGCAAUAUUCCUGAAUUGUAGCUUUGUUGGGAAUUCUGGUACGAUCAAUUCAGGGACGUUUCAACUCAGUAUCAGUGACCCUUUGUACUCAUCUCCACCAAGAGUAACAAUGAAAGGUUGCUCGUUCGUCAAAAACACAGCUUAUUAUGCUUACGGUAUCGGCACGUACGAUAUUUUUCUUAAUCAAAGUUAUUUGACCAUGUCAUCUUGUACUAUUCAGAAUAACUCGGGAGGCGGAGUAUUUCUCGGAGCUAUGGAUGAUACAUGUGAUGUAUAUGUGGAGAAUUCUUUGAUAAGCGACAAUGAAAACUUUCAAUUUUCUCUGCUAAGACUGAAUGAACUCGGCAGCGACGCGAGUUUUAAAUUCAGUAACGUUUCCAUACUGAGGAACAACUGCAAAGCAAAGAGCUCCGUAUUUCAUAUUUCUUUACCCCAUAAUCGAAAUUCGUUGCAUUUUCAGUCCAGUAAAUUUGAAGAAAACUUUUGCAAAUCGGGGGUUGUAAAGAUAUCUGUUAGCCCUUACCUAUUCAAGAACAGGAGCGUGACCAAUGUGGGCACGACUGUUUUUAUUAACAACACCCUGUUUCGAGGAAACUCAGGCGUCGCUGAGAGCACAUUAACAAUAAUGGACCCUGAGGUGAUCCAACUUGAAAACAGCUCCUUUAUAAACAACUUUGGAGGUAACGAUGGAUCCCAUAUGCGAGUACAACUAAGCUCAAGCAGAUUACAAAUCUACAAAACCAAUUUCUCUCAGUCAAAGGAGUCGCAAGUGUUUAAUAUACACAGAGAAAAGCCGUACAACGGAUUUUUAACGGUGACCAGCUUUGGUAACAUUUCCGUGCGAGAGAGCUCGUUUAUUUCUGACCCUGUCAGCUACGACGGCAAGGCUCUUGUCUUUGUCAAAGGUGCUGACAAGGUUUACAUGGACCAUUCCGUGACUGUUCAAUCUCCGCUUGGAAGCAAGCUGAACCUCCAUAACUUCACGCAUUGGGAAAGUUUACAUUUUGGAAAAUGGCUGAAGGAGAUUUUAAUCACGUCUUUUGCCAUGAGCAUGCAGCCCUGUCCAGUAGGUACCUACAGCAUCCGGAGAGGGACUAGCAAAGGUUUAGACAUGGAACAUCUUGUGAAGUGCUAUUCGUGUCCCAAUGGUGGAAACUGCACUGCAGCUCUUGCGGCGAGACCAAAUUUCUGGGGUUAUCCUACUGGGGAUAGAGUACACUUCACACUUUGUCCCCAUGGUUACUGCUGUGCACCUCAUCAAAAAUGCCUUUAUCACAAUGCAAGCUAUUGGCGUUCUGGUUGCCAAGGCAAACGAACGGGGACUCUUUGUGGCAAGUGUAAAAAGAAUUUAACUGAAGCUUUGUUCAGCGCUAACUGUGUUCCAGUUGAGAAAUGCCAUCAUUGGUGGUAUUUGGUUGUUAUUUUCAGCUGCACAACAUUGUUUGGGUGGUACCUCAUCGAGAAACCUCCACUGUUUCAAAAAAUAGCGACACACCUGGUAUGGUUUUUUCCGAACCAAAGAAAAAAAGAUUUCCAUCACGUUGACAAACUGGAAAAUGACAGCAAAUCCGGUGGACGUUCAUCUUUCUCCUCGGAUGGCUUCUUAAAAAUCCUCUUUUAUUUUUAUCAGAUUGCUGGUCUUUUGACCACUUCAUCCCAGGGUGUGAGGGAAUUACUAAAAGAUACUGUUGUGUUGCCAAUAAUCAGCCUCUUUGACUUCAAAGUGUAUCCACAUAGCAAAUGGGAUAUCUGCCCUUUUCCUGGUCUUACUCCACUUUCCAAAACGCUGUUUCAAGUUGUCACUGUAGUGGCUGUCUACUUGUCAAUCCUGCUCAUCUACCUUGUACACAGCGGUCUUAACAAGCUGCGCAAGCGUUCUCCUGCCUUACCUUCGAGUGGCCCAUACCUAGGAGCGGUCUUGGAGACCGUAUUGUUAGGGUACUCCGCAGCGACAGGCACGGCCAUGCGACUUCUGGAUUGUGUCCAGAUACAACACGUGCCUCGGUGGUAUUACAACGCGGAGAUCACGUGUUUGCAGUGGUGGCAGAAGGCGUCUAUAGUAGCGAUCGUUCUCUACCUAUUUCCGUUUAUAUUCGCUUUGCUUCUUGGCUCCCUACGCCUACAUCGUCAGCAAAUGACAGGAAAGUUGUUUUUACUGGCCUGUGUGUUUCCUCUUCCGUUUCUGCUCUAUGCCUUUGUCGUUUUCAUAACGGCGACUGCAGCACGACCACCCACAUCUCAAGUGAUGACGUCAAUGUCGUCUUCCGCUGACGUCGAGGAGGACAGGAAACCAUCUCCGCGCGACAUAGAAGAGUCGGUUCUUGAAGUGUUAAGCGGGCCAUUUUGCAAUCAGAAUCAAACUGACCAAGCACCAUCUAAAGUCUACUGGGAAAGCAUCCUUAUUGGACGUCGAUUUAUCUUGAUUCUGAUCGCCUCGUUCGUGGCUCAUGCCUUCCUACGCUCCGUCUGUCUAGCAGUCUUAUGCCUCGCGUUUCUUUUACAUCACCUUUCCCAGAAUCCCUUCGUCAAGUUCCACGCCAACUUAGCUGAAACGGUUUCCUUGGCAACAUUGGUCGUCAUAGCAAUACUAAAUGUUGGGGUGGCAUCGUAUUACUCCGCGGGAAUCGAAGCCCAUGGCCUCGAACACAAAUAUGUCCACGGUUUUCUUCUGGCAGAAGCAGUGUUGCUGAGCUUUAUCCCAGUUCUAACUGUGAUCUUCCUCUUGCUGUCAUUGGCCUCACAGCUUGUUCGCCUGUUGAUGAUUCUAUAUCAAGUGAUUCGAGGCCUUGCGAAAAAGUCAAAAUCUUCUCAACAACAAGAACAGCGGGAACCAUUGAUUCCACCUGAGUGA